CCGACCGAGCGAUUCGUGCAAAACCUCCGUCCGGCGCUGCAUUUGCUGCUGCUGCUGCUGCUCGCCCCCCUUUUGGAUUUGGAUUUCUAGCCCAAGCCUCGCCGCGGAUCCCCGGGGACCCCGUCGGAGCGCGCCCAAGGACAGGGGGGGGGUGCCCGACGAUCGCUAUGGAGUAUUUCAUGGUGCCCACUCAGAAGGUGCCCUCUUUGCAACAUUUCAGGAAAACAGAGAAAGAAGUGAUAGGAGGGCUGUGUAGCUUGGCCAAUAUUCCACUGACCCCGGAGACUCAGCGGGACCAAGAGCGGCGGAUUCGGCGGGAGAUUGCCAAUAGCAACGAGCGGAGACGCAUGCAGAGCAUCAACGCGGGCUUCCAGUCCCUGAAGACCCUCAUUCCCCACACAGACGGAGAGAAGCUCAGCAAGGCAGCCAUCCUCCAGCAGACAGCGGAGUACAUCUUCUCUCUGGAACAGGAGAAGACACGGCUGCUGCAGCAGAACACGCAGCUCAAGCGCUUCAUCCAGGAGCUGAGUGGCUCGUCUCCCAAGCGACGGCGAGCUGAGGACAAGGAUGAGGGCAUCGGCUCUCCGGACAUCUGGGAGGAUGAGAAGGCGGAAGACUUGCGGCGGGAGAUGAUUGAGCUUCGACAGCAGCUUGACAAGGAGCGCUCGGUGCGCAUGAUGCUGGAGGAGCAGGUUCGCUCGCUGGAAGCCCACAUGUACCCCGAGAAGCUUAAGGUCAUCGCUCAGCAGGUGCAGUUGCAGCAGCAGCAGGAACAGGUGCGGCUGCUGCACCAGGAGAAGCUGGAGCGGGAGCAGCAGCACCUACGGACUCAGCUGCUGCCCCCUCCAGCCCCCACCCACCACCCCACGGUGAUCGUGCCUGCGCCCCCUCCUCCACCCUCCCACCACAUCAACGUCGUCACCAUGGGCCCCUCAUCAGUCAUCAACUCUGUGUCUACGUCCAGGCAAAACCUGGACACCAUCGUGCAGGCGAUCCAGCACAUCGAGGGCACCCAGGAGCGGCUGGAGCAGGAGGAGGAGCAGCGCAGGGCGGUGAUUGUUAAGCCUGUCCGCAGCUGCCCCGAGGCCCAGGCCUCCGACACGGCCUCCGACUCGGAGACCUCGGACAGUGAUGCCAUGGACCAGAGCCGGGAGGAGCCGGCCGGGCUGGGGGGGUUCCCCUGACCUCCCCCAGCCCUCCUCUCCCGUCUGGGGGCUGGAGGGGGCUGGGGCAGCACCCGGGAGCAACGCGGGCGAUCGAGUGAGGAAUUUUUACAAAAUCACGACGUCAUUUGGGUCUCUUUUGUGACCUCUUUUUCAAUACUGUAAAUCUGGGAGAAGCUGCCCGAUCUGAGUCGGGGGGAGCAAGCUGGCACACAGCUCUGGGGGCCGGCCAUGGGGACACCUGCCGGACCUCGGCCCCCCAGGCUGGGGGAUGCUGUCACAGCGGUGCCUGGCCUCUCUCCACCAAAAAUCUUUUUUAAUUUUGAACGUGUUUUUUAAGAACAGGGAAAAGUGCUGCAUCUCUGCUCACCCGAGCCAGUUCGAACCCGCCUUUCCCUCUCUUUGGUUUUCUCCUUCCUGGAAGCACUUACAUGGGUGGAGGGUCUGGCUGGUGGGAGCUCUCUGGGGGGGCCAGGGGUCUCUGUUGCUUCUUGGUGGGGGUUUUGCUGCUCCUGUCUCCACCCCCACCCUCGGGAUCCGCCAGUGAACUACCCAGCCCCUUCCUCCCCUCCAGGUUUUCCAGCUUCAACC